GCGUCCAGAAAAGCGCAACAACAACAACAACAGCGGCGUCGCAGUGGGCUGCUUUUAAUCUUCCACUUGUGGAGAUCAGCGCAGUGACCUCGAGGUGAAAGAAGCAGACGGAACACGUUGAGGUUCUUGGUCCUCAUGUGCAGGGCUAGGUGGCUUUCUAGAAUAUGGUGAGACCGUGUUGAGAUCACCUCUGUUCUACAAGGAGAGAUUGUCUUCAUAGAACCACGUGAAGCCUCAUUGACGUGAGUGGCCUGCAGGGAGUAAUAGAGUGUCUUCACGUGUUUGAGACUCACGAUGAUGGCUGCACGCUGGGUCUGUCUCUAACCAUGUCCAGCCGUCUUCUACAGGAGGCAACUUACUUUACAGGACUAGAAAUAAGUGCAACUGUGAGUGCAUGUGGAAGGCACAUCUUUGAGGAGUGCGGUGGAAGAUGCAGCUUUGGGAAGUGUCCCCUCCUCAAGCUGGGAAAUUAAGGUUGUUGGACCGGCUGCCCCAGUCUCGACUUGUCGCGUCCAGUUUCAUUUGCAGUCUCAAACAGUUGGGCAACACUCAUCGCUUCAAGAUGGAGCGAGGGAAGCAGUAGCCACCAUCGGGAGUCGCGGCUGAUGCAAACGAAUUCACCAACAUCGGCAGCGCCGCCUUGUCCCCCACGCUCGCUGGCAUCCCACCCUGCGCCGCCAUGCUCCGGCUCGAGGCCCCAUAGUCGCGUGGACGCGCAGCGGCGAGCAGCGACGGCGGCGGCGCUGCCGCCACCAUGGGGAGCGCCUCCACCAAGUUCCGCAAGGCGCUGCAGGCGGGCGACGAGGGCCUGGCGCUGCAACUGUACUACACCAACGUGCCGCUCGCCCAGCAGCUCGACCCCAAUGCCUCCUACGGGGAGGCCUACGACAACAACACGGCGAUGCACUACGCCACGCGGCAUGCCAUGCCCCGCCUGCUCUCGGUGUUCUUGAGGGAGAAGGAAGGCAAUCCCAACAAGCGGAAUGGCCUGGAGGAGACGGCCCUGCACUGCGCCUGCACACCGCUGGCGGUGCUCAUCGUGCCGCCUUCGGGCCAGCAGGAGGAGCGCCGGCUGCUGUGUCUGCGCAUGCUGCUCGACUGGCAGGGGCCCCUGCUCGGCCCGCAGCAGCGCGAGCGCACCAAGAUCGACGCACGCGACCACCACGGGAACACGCCGCUGCAUUACGCCGCCUGCUCCGGCAUGAAGCGCUGCGUGGAGUUGCUGGUGGUGCGUGGAGCGUCGCUGUUCGUGGAGAACGAGGACGGAGCCACCCCGUGCGACCGUGCCGAAAUAAACCGUCACUACGAGGUCGCGCUGCACCUGGAGUCGCGCAUGGUGCUGGCGCAGGAUUACCCUGACGGGGAUGGGGACGAAUCCCAGGAGCCGCUCGCUCACGGUUGUCGAGAGCCGUUCGAGGGCCUCCGUGCGCAGGAGCUGCGGGAGCUCAAGGACCUGCUGAUCGUGGAGACGGCCGACAUGCUGCAGGUGCCGCUCUUCACCGCCGAGGCCCUGCUGCGCUCCCACGGCUGGGACCGAGAGCGGCUGCUCGAGGCGUGGAUGUUGAACUCUGACGAGUGUUGCCAGCGCUCGGGGGUGCAGCCUCCUCCGCCACCCCCCACCGGGCAGAACAGCUGGGGCACCAUCCCCGACUCACGGCCGCCCCUGCGCUCGCCCAUCACCCCGCCCGGCGACCUGCGACACGGGCUGAGCACGUGUGAGAUCUGCCUGGGACGGAUGCCCGAGUCUGAUCCUGUGGAUGUCCCUUGCGGGCAUCUCUUCUGUAAGAAGUGUUGGGAGGAGUACCUGAACAUGAAGAUCCAGGAGGGCAAGGCGCACAGCAUCCUCUGCCCAGCCUAUGACUGCUAUUCACUCGUGCCCAUUGAGACCAUCGAGGUGCUGGUGUGCAGAGAGAUGGCGCGCCGAUAUCUCCAGUUUGACAUCAAGGCGUUCGUGGACACCAACCCUAGCAUCCGGUGGUGCCCGGUGCCCCGCUGCGAGCAGGCGGUGCGCCUGGCUUUGCCCAGCGCCGCGGGCGGCUCGGCCGUGCGUGCCCACACCCCCACCGCCGUCGACUGCGGCAGCGGACACACGUUCUGCUGGGAGUGUUUGGGAGAGGCCCAUGAGCCGUGCGACUGUGACACCUGGAAACAGUGGCUUCAAAAGAUCGUGGAUAUGAAGCCAGAGGAGCUGAGCGGUGUGAGCGUUGCAGCAGAGGAUGCUGCCAACUGCCUCUGGCUCAUCUCCAACUCAAAGCCAUGCCCCAGCUGCAAGUCUCCUAUUCAGAAGAACGAUGGGUGUAACCAUAUGCAAUGUACUAAGUGUAAGCACGACUUCUGCUGGAUCUGCCUGGAGGAGUGGAAGAAGCACAGCUCGUCCACCGGCGGCUACUACCGCUGCACGCGCUACGAGGUCAUCCAGGCCGUGGAGGACUCGUCACGCGACGUGGCAAACGAGGCUGAGAAGAAGCACAAGAAGUUCCAGGAGCUUGAUCGAUUUAUGCACUACUACAGCCGCUUCAAAAACCAUGAGCACAGUUACAAGUUGGAGCUGCCACUGCUGCAGACGGCACGAGCCAAGAUGGAGAUCCUGCGGAGUGCACUGGAGAACAUGGAGGGCGUGGACACCAGCUUCAUCGAGCACGCGGUGCAGGAGCUCCUGAAGACCAGGCGGGUCCUGCGCGGCUCCUACGGCUACGGCUACUUCCUGGAGCCGCACAGCACGCAGAAGGACAUCUUUGAGCUCAUGCAGAUGGACCUGGAGAUGCUGACGGAAGACCUCGCGCAGAAGGUGAACCGGCCGUACCUGCGCACGCCGCGGCAGAAGAUCGUGCGCGCCGCGCGCCUCGCGCAGCAGAAGCGGCAGGAGUUCCUGGCGUCCGUGGCGAGGGGCGUGGCCCCGCCGGACUCGCCGCCGUCUUCUCGCAGGCUCGUUGGGCGGCCGUGGGAGUGGGAGUUCCUGGGCUUCUCUUCUCCAGAGGAGUACGAGGAGGUGUUGGAGCGGCGCAGGCGCCGCAGUCGAAGAGGAGACCCGCGCAGCAGCCACAGCCACCUCACUGACCCAGGCCUCCGCGAGGAGUCGUCCACCGACUCGCCUCUGAGUGGACGGAGGGCUCGCCGCAUGGAGAGCUCUCGCUCAUUCAGCCACGUGAGCAGCCUCUCUCUGCCGGAGUACUCCCCACCCAGCCUGCCGCGCCUGCGCCGCUCACACGUUCCUCCGGGCUUCUUGGAGGAGGAGGACGCGGACAUGCUGCUGGCCAUCCAGCUGUCCCUGCAGGAGCUGGAGCCCGCGCACCCGCCGGCCCCACCGGGGCUCUCUCCCUCCGCGUCGCCCGGCCCCUCGGACGGCACGGACGCCUGGCCCGACGGCGGCGCGCGGCUCUCCUCCUCGUUCCCUUUGACCUCUAUGCCCUGGCCCCAGACCACGGCCUCUACCCCCUCCCACGUGUGGACAGAAAUGAAGGCCGCCGCCGCCGCCUCCGCCGAGGCGGCCGCCGUGCGGGACGACUACAGCCUGGAGUUUGGCAGCGCCGAGGGCUCCCUGGGCGGCUCGGCCACGGUGGCCGAAGACUUGGCGGCCGGGGGCGGCUCGGACCUGCUCGACAACCUGCUGGCUUGGUUCCACGACACGCACUCGCAGCACCUUGCCUCGAUCCCCACCCUGGGGGCGGCUGCCGGGGAACUCUCCCCCGGCAGCCCGGAGAGCCGGGCCCUGCCGCGCGCGGCCGCGAGGGCCGAGCAGCAGCCCUCCCAAGGAGCGGCGGCGGCGGCCGUGACCGCCGCCGCCGCCAGGGAGGGCCCCGAGGUUGGGCUGGAGGAGCCUUAUGCGGACGAGUGGGAAUACUCGGCAAGUUUACAAUUGGGCGGAGGCGGGAGCGACCCGGAGGCGAGGCUUGCACCGGCGAGGACCUCCUCUCCCUCUAGUGACCCAGACCUUGCACUCAUCCUGCUGCGUCUGCAGGAUCAAAAGAAUAAAUGACUCGCGUCACUUUACAAUGGGCAGUCUUUUGUGCACGAUACACAAAGAAGCCACAACUGUCAAUUGGCUUACGACAAAAUUUUCAUCAAGUAAUCUGAAUAAUUUCAUUGUAAUUUAUUCAAAAUAUUGUUUGGUCUGUUGAUGUGUGAAAAAAACAUUGACUGCAUGGUGUUCGUCACAUCACCCAUUACAACGAGUGAUCUUGGACUUUGUAAUUGAGUGAACAAAUGGACUUUUUUUGUGGACCAAACCUCUAAUCUCAAAUCUGAGUAGUGGGGCUGAGCAAUGCUGUUUGACUCUGAGUGGGCAGCGCUCUCUCUCCCCCUUAUACCUUGCCGCCUUGUGAUAUUGAUUUACCCGCAGGGGUAUUUAAUUUAACUGAACUCUUGAAAUUGGUCCAAUUUCAUUACUUGGACUCUGCUUGUAAUUUUCUUUAUCGGUGUGGUUAAUGCACCUAAUCCACGGUGCAUUAUGGUUUUACAGUGGAAGUAUUUUUCAUUACAAAGUAAACCAAUGUACUGUAGCGUACGCAGUGCAUGUGUUGGUGCAAAUGAAUAAGUGGAAAAUGAACCUUUAAUUUACGUGGCAGGGGCUUUACUCAUUUCAGUGCCAUCAUUACAAAUGACAGCACUUGCAACGAACAUGCUAUAAGAUGUUAAUUUAAAUAUCUUGCAUUGCAUAUUCAGUCUUCCCCUGCAUUGGAAAUCACUGGAGCUUGGGAUAAUUGUGGUGGGGUUUCACCAGGGUUCGAGUUAAGUGGUAAAUUCAGAGUUAUCUCAAUAUAUUUGCCAAUGUGUUACACGCACAAUGUAAUUAGGGUGUUUGGCUCCUCAGCCCCUUAUACCGUGUUGUAUUUUUGAUACACCCCGAAUAUGCUGUUUCCUCAGUUAAAGGCCUACUUGUAGUUGACAGGCCGCAUUCAAAUCAUUUCCCCAAGUUGAUUUACUUGUACUAUUGCUGGUUGUUCCUACCUGAACUACGCAUUGGCAUAUAUAUAUAUUUAUAAUUUUACACGAUUUGAUAGUCUACCAAAACUGGCUGGAGUGAAACACCCACUGAAGCAUGAAUCGAUCACCUCAAUUCACAUUGUGCAGUCUGUUGGCUGGGCCCUUUCUGAAUCCAUCUAUAUACAAGGUCACGAUCGUGCAGCAUUCUGGUGCUGUGUGGACCGUUAUCUCUGGACAUUGGUUGUCGCACAUCAAAAAUGUUAAAGAAAUUGCCAAACUCUUUUUGGAGCAUCGUGAAAUUAGUAUUGAGUGGGACUUUCCCAGUUGAACAAAUAACCAUCCCGUUAGCAUUGACUUCGAUAUCCUUUUAUGAAUAAAAUCUACGUU